GGCGCCGGACCCCCAGGCGGAGCGACAGGUCUCGGGCACCCAGGCGGAGCGGCGGGCACCGAGUCAACACCAGGCACGACAGUGGGCUCCGAGUCAACUGGCAAGACUGCGGGCACCGAGUCAACUGGCAAGACUGCGGGCACCGAGCCAACUAGCGGAACAGCAGGCUUUGAGUCGUCUGGCAAGACUGCGGGCACCGAGUCGUCUGGCAAGACUGCGGGCACCGAGUCGUCUGGCGAAGACUGCGGACACCGAGUCGUCUGGCAAGACUGCGGGCACCGAGUCGUCUGGCAAGACUGCGGGCACCCGAGUCGUCUGGCAAGACUGCGGGCACCGAGUCGUCUGGCAAGACUGCGGGCACCGAGUCGUCUGGCAGAACAGCGGGCAUCGAGUCAACUGGCGGAACAGCGGGCACCGGGUCGUCUGGCAAGACUGCGGGCACCGAUCACCAGGCACGGACAGUGGGCUCUGACUCAAUUGGCACGAGAGCGGGCACCGGUCAUCAGGUACCGGAUUGUCUGGCUCGACAGCGGGGCAUCGGGUCACCAGGCAUCAGGUCAUUUGGCUUGCCAGCGGGCACCGCGUCAUCUGGCAAGGCAGUGGGCACCGGGUCACCAGGCA